AUGAAGAAAAAGGAUUUGAAGAAAAGCCCUCCACAAGGAGCGGCAGGGCAAAGGGACGAACAGGAUAAAGCGUCAGUCUGGCAAAAAGUUCAGUCCAAGCAAGAGCUAAAGCGACAGAAGAAAGAGAUGCUCUCAAAACAGACGUCAAAGGAGCCCCGACCUGAACCCAAGCGAAAGAAACCGCGGAAAUGGAUCAGACCGGAUGCCCUCAUCAUUCGGCUGACAGAGAAAGCAAAGUACGCCAAGAUCCUGCGUCGAAUAAAACAGGACGUCCCUGACGACCAGGUCCGCAGUACGGUAGAGAAGAUCCAUAAGACCAAUGCUGGAGAUAUGCUGAUAACUCUUUCGAGGAAGAGCACCGACAAAGGCCAAACAUUGAGAAAGACCAUUGCAGACAUUCUGAAAGAAGACGCAAAAGUAACCUGCAAAGGACCACAGGAGGUAAUUGAGAUCCGAGACGUCGAUGAAGACACAACUAAGGAUCACAUCCAGGGUCCCCUACAGGAGGAAGCUGGAGAUGGCUGUGAGAUACCACUAGAGGCAAUCAAGAUCCGUAAGGCCUAUAGAGGUACUCAAAUUGCCACAGUAAUUCUACCAGCAGCAACAGCACAGAAACUACUGGAUGGAAGUAGCAAAAUCCGGAUUGGUUGGGUUAAUUGCCGAAUAAGGCCAACGAAGAGACCUAUUCAAUGCUUUAAAUGCUGGCAUUUCGGACAUCAUCGAUCCCAGUGCAAAAGCAAGGUGGACCGGUCGAAGCUUUGCAUCAGGUGCGGACAAGAAGGGCACAAGAUUGCUGAUUGUAAAAAUCCCGCCAAAUGUGCAUUAUGUGCUGAGAUUGAAAGUGCAGAGAAUGUUGCCCAUCAUGCCGAUCUCACUUUCGUCAGUGGCAGCCUCACCAGAGGUAAUAUCAACUGGAAGGUGAUGGAUACCUACACAGCCAGCAACCACAACGCGAUUCUCUGGGAAAUAUUAAACGCCCAGAGCCCGAGAAGACCUAAAAAGCAACUUAACACCAUUGGUUGGAAGGUAAAAACUCUUGACCCAAGGGCAUUGUUAGUAGCUCUCAAUAGUGACCAGAUUAUCGCGGGCUGCGCAGAAGAGAAGACCAAGGACCUGAUGAAAAGAGUGACCCAGGCGUGUGACAACAGCGGAGCUUUUCAUACUCCCAAGAAGCUGAAAGACGUUGGACCUGGUCAUCUCAUCAAGAAGCAGGAAGUGGUUAAGGAUCUUCCACAAAACUCUUGUGAACAGAACAAGAAGCCAGGCUGGGAAAAGGUGCAGUCCAGAAAGGACAAAAAGAAGGAGCGCAAGAAACUGCCCCCAGAAAAACCUCUGGUGCCUCCACCUAAGCCGAACCAGAAGCCAAGAAGAACAGCAACGAGACCGGAGGCACUUAUUAUCCGUCCAGCGAACAAAGAUAAGUAUUCUGAAAUACCAUGGAAUAUACCUCCAUUUGGAGAACCUGGUGAUUUAAAUCCCGCAGUGCAUUUCAAGGAUUAUAAUGAAAUUGCCAAGCGUAUCAAUAUUGAUCUAGAUGAAGAAGUUUCCAAUGUUAGCAUUGUGAAACUUAUUAAUUAUGACGCAGAUGAAUCAGAACCACUAAUAACUACUUUUGAUAAAGGAAGUAACUAUUUACUCGGUGCAGAACUCAAAUAUCAAAGUGGUCAGUGGGAAGUUUGCAUAACCAAAAAACAAGAUUACGAAGUGCAAACCAUGCGAAAUUAUGUUUUUUGGAUCUCCAAAGGUUCCGAUAGUUAUUCGAUUGGGCUUUACAUUGAUAAUAUUGAUGAUAAUGCACCUGUGAUUCAACCACCAGAGCGAAACUGUGCUAUAAAAGAGAACUAUGAAGGUAGGAGUAAUUGUACAUACCAAGUGAGUGAUGCUGAUGGUUGGGUUGAUCAAGUAGUCAUAACUCUGGCGUCAUCUGUAAAGGAAGAUAUCAAACGCUUUUAUAUCUUCAGUGAACAAAUUAACGAAUAUGAAGUAAAAGUACAUGUUGGCAUCAAUAAACCUCUGGAUUUUGAAACGAUUUCAAUGUAUAUGUUAUACAUCAAUGCAACCGAUAAUAGUAAUAAUACAGGUAGUUUAACAACAAUUCUUGAAGUCAUCGACAUGCCAGAUGAACCACCAAAAUGGGCUCGCUUGACAGCAUCAGAGACUCUGAAAGAAAAAUCUACACACACAUUUAUAGUUACAUCAGUUGAUGGUGAUAUUCAAAUAAAUGCUGAAAUAAAUUAUAAAAUUCAAGUUCUAGACAAAGAUGAAGAAGACUAUUUUAAUGUUGACAUAUCAACAGGAGUCGUGACAAUUAACCCUAUAGAUCGUGAUACUUUGAAAAGAGACGUUUUUCAGUUUGUAAUAAUUGCAUUUGAAAAAAAAGACAUUUCUUCAACUGUUAAUGCAACGAUCAUUGUCAUUGUUGAAGACAUCAAUGACCAUGAACCUGAAAUAUCACCUGAAACGCUUUCUAUUACGAUAAAAGAAGGGAAAUAUACGACUUUAGAAUUUGAACAACCAGUUAUGAUUACCGAUCCUGAUUUAGCAGAAAAUGCUCAGUAUUCUGUUCAUUUAACCGAUGGUUCUGAUUAUAACUGGCAUUCAGCUUUUCUGAUUGUUCCAAACACUGGUUAUCAGAAUACUUAUUUUACUAUUUCAGUUAGAGAUGCAUUGUUGUUGGACUAUGAAAAUGAAAAUUGGAGAAAUAUAAAAAUUGAGAUCCAAGCUACAGAAGUAGCAAACCAAAGUCAUGUUGGAAGAAGAAUAAUUUCUAUAGAUUUAGAAAAUUUGAACGAUGAAUUCCCAAUUUUUGAAAAUAAUUCUCUUACAGUAUCAAUUCCAGAAGACGUGGAGAAUAAUUAUUACAUUUGCACAAUGCUUGCUACUGAUCGGGAUGUGAAUGAUACUGUUAAACAUUCAAUAGUGGGUCAAAAAGGUUUUAAAAUAAGUGAAUCAACAGGAGUAAUCACCACUGCCUUAGAUGAGAGCAUUCAUUUGAAUUAUGAAUCAAUGCCGGUUAUUAUUCUCCAAGUUAUUGCGACUGAUUUAGCUAAUCACACAACGUAUGCAAUAUUAACUAUUAAUGUGAUUGAUGUCAAUGAUAUUCCUCCAAAACUUUAUUUGCCUACAAAAAAAGCAUCACUCAUAGAAGAACUACCAAUUAACUCAACAAUAGAUUAUAUGAUUCAAACUACUGACCCAGAUAGUGAUGCCAAGUUAAUAUUCAGUAUUGAUUGGGACAGUACUACAGCAUUAAAAAAUAGUGUUGAAGUUGAUCCAAGUUAUUAUUGUAGACAUUUAGAUAUUGUUACGAAUUAUCCUAAAAAACAAACUGGUUAUGCUGAGGGAAAUAUUUCAAUAUCACGACGAAUAGAUUACGAAGCACUGGAUGUUAUAUUUUUGACUGUUGUGGUUACUGACCUGAAUACAGUUCAUAAUGCUAACUCAACCCUAGCUGCACUCACCAUUUAUAUCAUUGACAUUAAUGAUAAUACACCAAUUUUCAAUAAUAUUGAACCAAUGAGUGUGAGUGAAAAUCAAAUAUAUGAUACCGUUAUUGGUACUAUAACUGCUGUUGAUGCAGAUGGGCCUUCCUUCAAUGGGAUAUUUUACUCUAUCGAACCAGUUAAUAACACCGAACAUGAUUUAAUUCGAAUCAAUAAUAAGACUGGAGUAAUAAGAGUUGGUAAAGACAAAGCAAUAGACGCCGAAAACUAUGAAUAUCUUCAUUACAAUGUUACAGCCAGUGAUGGAGAUAAUGUUAAUACCACUAAGAUUGAUAUAUAUGUUAUUGAUAUGAAUGACGAAGAACCUUAUCUGUUGUAUAAUGAACUUUCCUCAACAAUUCACAUUCCAGAGAAGUCUCCAAAUAAAAUGAAGAUAGUUACACUCAUUGCUAAGGACGAUGACCGAACUUAUCCUUACAAUAAUGUAUCAUAUCUUGUAAAUACUAAUCAUUCAGAUUCGUUACAAUAUUUUAAAUUGGGUAGAUUCGAUGGCUUACUUCAAAUAAACUUAGCUGAUAAUUAUGUUCUUGAUAGAGAUUUUUGUUCUCCGAUUCAUACUUUGAAUAUAAAGCUGAGAGAUAAUUAUCUUGUUGAGGGAAUUACAUGGAAUACUAAUUCAAUCGACAUCAUUAUUACUGUAAUUCUCGAUGACAUUAAUGAUCAAGUUCCAAAAUUACCAGAUUUGGAGAACCCAAUUGCUAAAAUAAGCGAAAUUACAAAAGAAGUAAGAUUAAAAGUAUAUUUUAUGAUCGUUUUACUCCAAGUUGUAUUUUUUAUCAUAAUUAGAAAUAUUAUGUACUAUUUCUGUACGGAAAAUCAAUUUUUUUUUUGUGUUUAUUGUUAAUGCAUAAUUCAUGUAUUAUCUGCAGUUUCAGAUCUUGAAUAAUACUUAAGUAUACAAGAAUAUUUAAUAAAAUAUUUUAUAAGUACAGAACUUUGAUAACU